AUGACCGACAUGAAUCGCCUAACCCGCCUGCGACCCGGCAACGUGGGCAGCCUGGGCUUCUUGCCUAUCGAGGUCUGCAACAACAUCUACGCCUACCUCCUCGCCGAAUUAUACCCAUGUAAGAUGGAAGUUUACUCCAUAGAGGCUGCGCUCGAGGAAGGCCUGGGGAGCUUUACCCAUGUUCCACACUCUAUCGACACUGCGAUUCUCAGGGCCAGCCGUGACGUCCACCGCGAAGCUUACGACCUCAUGGUUAAAGAGAGCCGUUUCGUUCAUCUCAAGUUCCAGGAUUUCCCACUAAUUCUGCUGACGCGAGGCGGCGUGCCCAUCGUGACUGCAAACACAGAGCACGUGAGGCAGUUCAAAGGCUACGUCCUUGAAGUCAAUAUGAGCUAUCACGGCGAGCCGUUGCCAAACCUGCUCAGUGAAAACGGUGCGUUCGAGGCGAUGAUUUUGGCUGAAAAUUUGGGCCGCUUGUGUCAACACUUGAUGAUUGCCCAUGCGAUACCUGGGUUCUGCAGCCAGCUGACGAUGAGCUUCAAUGUUGGGCCUAUGGCGAUUGCUCGCCGUGAAACCCGAGACUACGAGGAGCUUGGAUCACUGGAGCGUUACUUCACUGAAAAGACUCAAAAGGGACUACUUCAGCCGUUACGUGACAACUUGUAUGGGAUCCGAGAUGUCCAGAUCUGCGGUCUGGUGUCGGCCGAUCUUGCCAGUUCGACCUUGAAGGACGUGGCUUCGAGUAAGUGGGGUGGCCCUCAGGAUGUUUUGGACCAUCUGACUGCUCGGAAAGAGAUUGGCAUGCAAUUGUUCAAAAGAAACGAACACAUUCUCGCCAGCAAGUCGUGGGCGCAAGACGUCAUUGAAAUCGACUUGCUGCGCAGAGGUGACGACUGGUCCGGACUCGCCCAGGAGGCAGGCGAGCAUUUCAUCCACCAGGUAGCGGAAACUUUUUUUCAGCUCAGCCUCAACUGCGCCCAUAUCAAUCUCAGCGCACCAGACGACCCUUUGCUCUUAGAGAUGGCCGAGAAUUUCCUGAUCCACGCACGCAAGGCUAUGACAACAGGGUACUGGAAGCUAGGACUCACGUGGCAACCAUCGGAGCAGCUUGAAGCAAAGCUCCACUUCAGGACGGCACGUUUUCUGCGGCUCAAUGACAAUCUCAGUGAUGCCCAGCUAGCUAUUCAAGAGAUUGAUCAGGCUUUGCGGCUAUGUCCAGACGACCCGGCCAUCUUGAGGGAGCGUCAUCUUUGUCAGAGUGUGUCUUCCAGGCAGUCGUGA